AUGCUCGAAACCGUCAAAUACCUUAUCGGCUCCGCCGGCCCCAGCGGCUUCGGCUCCAAAUCGACCGCCGAGGAGGUUACGGAGAUGAGUCCUCGUCUGUGCUCCGAUGUCACCGCCAUCAUCACAGGUGCGACGUCGGGAAUCGGAGCGGAGACGGCUCGUGUGUUGGCCAAGCGCGGAGCACGGCUGGUGCUCCCGGCUCGGAGCGUGAAGGCCGCCGAGGAGACGAAGGCUCGUAUUCUGUCGGAGUCGCCGGGCGCGGCGAUCGUCGUGAUGCCGCUCGAUCUUAGUUCUCUCGCUUCUGUACGGCUGUUUGUUGCAGACUUCGAAUCUCUCGAUCUUCCUCUCAAUCUCCUCAUAAACAAUGCUGGAAAAUUCGCGUACAAGCAUUCAGUUUCAGAGGACGGCAUCGAGAUGACUUUCGCCACUAACUAUCUAGGCCAUUUCCUACUAACGAACCUACUGCUCGGCAAGAUGACGGAGACGGCGAAAUCAUCCGGCAUUCAAGGGAGAAUCGUCAAUGUGUCCUCCGGCAUCUACAACUGGUUUCCCGACGACAUUAUUGCUUACUUCCGAGAUGUAAGCAAGGACCCAAGUCUCUACGACCCGACACGUGCGUACGCUCUUUCGAAGCUGGCUACCUUUUUGCACACCAAAGAACUUGCUCAGAGGCUUAAACAAAUGGAGGCAAACGUGACUGUGAACUGCGUUCACCCUGGGGUUGUGAAAACUAGACUCAAUCGCGAACGUGAAGGUUUCCUCACUGAUUUAGCAUUCUUUUUGGCUUCUAAGCUUUUGAAGACGAUCCCUCAGGCUGCAUCGACGACUUGCUAUGUUGCAACUGAUCCGAGGCUUGCAAAUGUAAGCGGGAAAUUCUUCUCAGAUUGCAACGAGGUUUCUAUUUCUAAGUUUGGGUUCAGUUCAACAGAAAAUGCAAGGUUGUGGCAAGCUUCUGAUGUAUUGGUUUCACCACACUCAAAUCCAUUAUUCGAUCCAUUCCAAGGGUUAGCGUAAAACCAAACAACAUCGUAUCGUUAGUUAUCACAACUAGAUCAACUACCGGAGGAAUAUUAUAUACCAAAAAGAACUCAUCAAAAAUACUAUAAAUUAUUAGUAUAUAUAUAUACUAGUAUUUUCGCCGGUGCGUUGCACGGAAUGGAUUUGUUAUAAUAUUUUAAGAAUAUUUG